AUGGGGGAGCACAAGGCGAGGGUGACGGAGCUCAUCCUCAACAAUUCUUCCGCAAAGAUCGUCAAGAAAAAGGUACGUCUUGUUGCGCGCAACUUUCCUCUUCAAAAUGAUAUACGACACAUACCUGCGGCUCAUCUUGAGAGAAGGGUUAUCCUGCGGAAAGUGGCUUCCCACUGCCGUGUCUUCGGUAGUAUAGUGGUGAGUAUCCGCGUCUGUCACAUGCGAGACCCGGGUUCAAUUCCCGGCCGGAGAGAAAUCAUUUUGCAUUUUUUUCUCUUUCCAUAAAAUCAGGUUUUCUAAACAUUCUUUCAAAUAUUUUCUUCAUUUCAUCUUUUUUGAACUCAUUCCAACACGGAUAGUAGUCUUUAGAAGAAAUUUUGAGAAUUUCUCACCAUAACCAAGUUUGUUGUUUGUUGAAAUGAUGAUCCAAAUAUCACUGGGGAAUUGCAAAAAUGAUGGAUCACGCGUCGGUCUCUACAGAAAAAGGUCCUAAAAAAGCGCAAAUGGUCAAAUCAAAACUUUUCUCGAAAAAUUUGACAAUGAUUCGAGGUGACAGUUUUCGCCUCGCUUAUUUGUGGCGCAGGUUUUGACACCAACCCGAGUGAUUCUCGCCAUUUUUUUUCCAAGGAAGCAUCCUUGGAUCAUAAUUUUUCACUAUGAUUUGAUUCAGAGUUUUCAAUUUCAUUAAAUUUUUAAGUUUGUUUAUUUGUUAUUUUUUUAAGACUUGCCAAAAAUAUUUCUAUCCUUUUUGCUUUUUUUUUCUGCGGCUCAGCCGUUCUCCGACUAUAGAAUUUGGAAUAAUUUUCGUUUUUUUUUUCAACCCAGAUACCUUCGAAUAUUAAACCAUGGUCGCAUUUGAAAUCGCUCAACGCGGUCCGGUCGCCUUCUGAAUCUGGAAAUAUAUCGUUUAUUAUUUUUCUAGGAAACAUCUAUCGCAAUGAAACUUUGCCGUCCGUAUUAUGUCUGGCGUGAGGAAUUCCGCGAGGAUCGUUGUUGCCGCAAAGGAGACGUCCAGAGAGAGGUUUCUUUCAUUUUCUCAGUCCAGAAAAAUAACGUUAAUAGUGUUGUCUCCUUCGAAAAUCAGUCAACGAAAAAAAUGACCACGUCUCGAAAAAAAAUUUCCCUCACCGGAUAGGUUAUUGUAACGAAAAUAAGGAUCAGAGAGAGAGAAGCCAGACUUUCCCAGACUUUGACUGAUUCCUUCUUCUCCUUGGAGCAAAAAAGUGUCAUUCCUUGAAGACUUUUUUUUCUCUAGUUUGACCGGUUUGUCUUCUUCCAACUGACACAAUCGAUCAUCUCCGAUAGUCGAAAGAAAAACUGUUCGCAUUAUCAAGAAGAAAAAAAAAUGAUGUCACCUAGUUUUGAGAGAAAUCAGAGAAAAAUGGCGGAAGCCGUUGAUGAAUAACUGUUCUAUUCGCGUCCGCUCACGACAAUUUAUUGGUCGCUACCAUGUACCAGGAUUGAUAAGAAUGAUAUAGCGUUGAAUGAUAUAGGAUUAGGUAGCCAAAGACCACGACUGAACGCUUUAGCCUGAAUGGUACAGUGGCAAAGUGUUAGAGUGUCAUGCACAAGACCAGGGUUCGACUCCCACGGUGUCAAAUCAAUCAAUCAAAAUGUUUUAUUUCUCACACACAAGUACUAAAUUUCACGGAAUAGAUGUAGGGAGAGUUUGGGAACAUAUGUGUCGGAACUUGUGGUGAUGGAGGGAAGAGGACUCGCGGUCGUGUUAACCCCCCACUUGAGUAAAUUGAAAUAACCAUGAAGUUAUUCUUUUAGAUGUCGAUUAUGUAGCUUUCAUAUUUUUGUUGGAUCAAGAGUGUUUAGUGCUGUAAUGUUGUUUUCAAACCAUUUCUCAAGUUUAGAUCUGAAGUUUAGAUCUGUCGAGGCUUUUUUGCAAUUAAUUUUUCAGUUCUGGACGGCUGCGAUUCCACACGUGCUGCUCAACAUCGUGCUCAUUUUGUACAUACUGAUCGGUUCGAUCGUCUUCAGCCUAGUUGACGACAAUUUAUAUAAGUUAACGUGGGCUCAACGCAUCCUUUUCUCAUUCACCACCAUUUCAACCAUAGGUCUUAGAUAUUUGAAAAUUCACAAAAAAUAAUAAAUUUUAAGGCUACGGAGAUAUUGUUCCUAUAAGUUUUUGGGGCAAAGCCGUCUGCAUCGGAUACAGUUUUUUUGGGAUUCCGCUCCUUUUUCUGAUCGUUUCAAAUGACGGAAAAAUCAUCGUUUUCCUUUACAACGUCGUCCUCAAGUCGAUUUGGCCUGAAGUUCGUUUUUUUCUAGUAAAAUGAGAUUUUUAAAGAUAUACCUCAAAAAAAUCAAUUUCAAGGCGAAAUCGGUCAAAGUCCUGCCAGCAUCCGUUUCGAUAGCUCUUCUGACUAUUCAUUGUCUGAUUGGUGGCCUCAUAUUCCAGUGGAUCGAUAAAAUGCCUUUUUUUGAAGGUGUCUACUUCAGGUUAGACUUGCUUCUAUGCAUUAGGCGGCGCCAGAACAGGCUGGAUAGCCCGAAUCUCUCACACGAAUUGGCGUAGCAUCGGUGGUUCAGUGGUAGAAUGCUCGCCUGCCACGCGGGCGGCCCGGGUUCGAUUCCCGGCCGAUGCAAUUCUCUUUUGCAUUUUUACGAUUUCAGCUUUAUUACCAUCUCGACGAUUGGAUACGGUGAUCUCCAUCCAACACCUGAUACUGUAUGGCAUCUUAUAGUCAUUUUCGUCUACGUGCUCAUAGGUUUUGGUUAAAUAUGCUAUUUUUUGAUAAUUCUGUUUUCAGGUAUCGUCAUUUUGUCGACGCUGAUUGCUAGAGCGUCGAUUUGGCUCACCUGGAUGCACAAUAUUGGAAGGUGAGUUACAAUAUUUGUUUCUUUAAAUAUUCAAUUUUUCAUUUAGAGACUUUUCGGACAGCUCAAAAGUCGAAGUUUGGUUUCAUGGUCAGAAGCUGACUGUUGAAGAUCUUGUGGUUAUGGUCGCAGAACAGUUCCAAGUAAUUUUUUUGUUAAAUAUAUUUUAAAAGUAUCUUGGUAGCAAUCCUCCCAUUCUCUCGGAAUAUUUGAGGGUUUCAGGAAAAAUUGGGAUUUUUUUCAUGCCAGUAUGUUUAAAAGCAAGAGGACUGUAAGCUUCUGUUAGCCAUGAGAGAGCAAAAUUCAUAAAAUUUUUUGAUUAUUUUUUUACGACCGUUUCGCCUUGAGCAGUUCUCCAAAGGCCCAAAGGUUUUUCGAAAAAUAGUCAAAAUAAAUUUUCCAGUGCCCACCCGAACGCUUGCGAGACGUCCUCCGCCAUUUGGACAAGAUCCUCGAAAUGGCCUGUGAUGAACAGGUUUUUAUUGAUUUGAUUAUUCUUGAAGAUUCCAAAAACCAUUCGAAACUUUUUUAACUAAUUAUUGAAAGCUCAUAGUUUCAAUGAAAGCACAAAGUUUUGAUUCAGAACGAGGAGGAGGAAGAUACGAGUCAGAGUGAUCUCAGCUCGCCGACCACCAAGGUGAGAUUUUUUAAAGGGCAAAGAAACUAUAAAAGGCUCUAGAUAGGUAUUGGAACGUUUUUUUCUAAAAAAAAAUAUUCAAAAAAAUCGUCUAUUGUGAAGGAAAUACAAUUCAUAGGAGUUGCUCAAACAUCUGUCUUCAAAUUUGUUGAGGGGUACUAGAAAAUAGUUAGAUUUUUUCACUUAAAGCCCUACAGUAACCCAAGGGGCGGAGCUUCACAGUAACUAGUCUAAAAGUUUACACAGAAUGUCUAGUAACUGUGAAAAUAAUUUCAACUCUCAAAACGAAACUUGAAUUUCAUUUACCAACGCUUCACUGCAGUUCCUCCACUUUCUCAGAGAAUUUGUGAGGUCUUUCAAAAGACGGAUCACUUGGGGACUUUCUAAAAGGAAACUGUGAUUCAGGAAUAAUUAUUGAAAGCAUAGACCACUUUCCAUUCCAGAAAGGUGUCAUGUACCUGGAGCUUGCCGACAAGAACAUGGUUCGGCUGUACCGACCCUCGUCUGGCGACCUCACCGAGGAAGAAAACCAGAAAACCAUCACUUCUGAAUCGUUUCUCAACCUACAAAAAACCAUCCCGAAAGAAACAGAGACGGUUUGAAGGAGGGAUCUCAGUAGUUCCCAUAGACUCAUUCAGGCUAUCCAAGCCCUCGGCACCAUCACGCACCACCUGAGAAAAGCUUCGGAGCGACGACAAGCCCCAAGCCUUCCGCGGACUCCGCCUGCCUUGAAAAAUCUCAUGAAUCGAAACACCUCGGUAGAUUUUUUUUUGGACAUUCUCUAGCUUCAGAACCACGGCGUUCUUGUUAGUGGAAGAAAAUGCAAAACCAAAAAUUAAGGGGCGUGAUCAAAACCUCCGCCGAUCCCAUGUGACGUCAUGGGAAGAACGCGUUAACAACAGGAAGUAUUAAAGGCGCAUAAUCGGGUCACGAGACGAAUCUAUUUUUCCUUUGAAAAACGCGAUUUUUCUGUUUCAUUUGCCGUGUUGAAAGUAAUUCCGCGAUUUUCGAAAUAGCCACCAGAGAGUGAAAAAUAUAACUGAAUCUCAGAAAUUGAGAUGAAAUUCAAAAUUCUGCAAGAAAUAUUUUGAACGUGGCAUGUGCGAGAGCGCCGAGGUGCAUGCACAAGAAACACUACACUUUACGGAAAAAUUGGAUGGGGCUCCGCCGAAAAAACGCCGUGGAAGAAGUUGACUUUCUUCAGCUUUUCGAUCUUCUGUAGUUUCGAAAAAGGAUAAUUCCAGGAGAAUCUCCUUGAACAUUCGCCGUCCGUGAGAAAGACGGCCUUCCCACUGCCACCGCUACUCGACAAAAAGCGUCAAAGUUCUUCUUGAUCCUUUUUCCGCCCAUCUUCCUCCCUUUAGGAAUUUUAUUCUUGAAUUUUAGACUGUAUUUGAAAAACGCUUUAACACUGUUCAAGACUUUUGGUUCAAUUUUUGAGGGCAUUUUUUUCACUUCACGUGUCGUUCACCCCAUCUUCCCUCCACGUUGUUGUUUUUCCCUUUCCAUUAGGCAUACUGUAGCUAAAUUUACCCAGUGUAUUUCUCUACCGGUUGCUGCCUCCUGGCCUCUGUGCAAACUUCACGCUUUACGAAAACUCAAAACAAAGGCAUUUAUUGAUUGUGGUCUUUUUCUCGAUGAAAUUAAAUUUUUUCUCUGUCAAUUUUUGUGUGCAAGAUCCUUUGAAAGGCGGGCUUCUGGCCUUAAUUAUUGACGUCAAAACCUAAACCUUGAAGAAGGAUGAGUAUUUUAUAUAUUUUUUUUUUGCGAGUUUUUACUGUUUACUGUUUAUUGCAUCUUCAAUGUAAGAAUACAUGUGCAAUCGACUUUCAUUGAUUUAACUGUGUUUAAACGACGGCAGGAGCUGUGGCUUAGGCAGAGAAGUUGUGAAUUUCGCUCGUAGAACAUCAGGUACAAGAGAGGUCGUAGGAAGAAGUACGGUGCCGGCUUUCCAAAGGCCGAUGGCAGAGAUUGAGCCUUUUCGCUGCAUGCAGCUUCCAAUUUUAUCUACCCCGGAGGGAUGAAAGGCUUGGUCGACCUCGGGGGGACUCGAACCUACGACCUUGCGGACGUUAGAAAUGAGUUAUGCCAGCUGAGCUAUGCCGCCCCCUUGCGAGUACUGUAUCACAAUUGGCCGUGAGCACCACGUCAUCGCGGAAAAUGCGCUGAUGAACUACGCGCAUUUUUUAUAGUUUUACAAAAUUUUUAUCAUGCGGAUAUCAGCAGCUCACUUUUUUCUUGAAUGUUCGUUUUUUCAAAGAUCAAGACCAUAAUUCAAAUCGUUAAUCUAUGCUUUUGAACUUUUAUGAUUAUAGUUGCUGUUUUCUGGGAAUGUGGAAGGAAACAAUAUUUAUAUGUAUAUGCAUUUUUUUUUCUCAAUUUUGCGACCAAAAAUUUUUUGUCAAUAGUAUAGUCUUUUCAGAUUUUGAAUGUCAAGUCGUCGCUCAAGCUCCGCCCCUAAUGGUGCGAUAAACCAAUCAGAGAGCGAGCCAUCCACAGAGUGUUUUCGAAUGACGUCAUUGCACUUGACAUUCAAAAUCUGAACAGACUAUACUUGUUAAAAAUUUGAAUCGGGGACAAAAGAACGGAUUUGUAAAUUGAAAAUCUUCUUAGGAAGGAUGUCUGAGUUUUAAAUUGAGGUUUUGCAGUCUUUUUAAUAAUUAACGGCUUCACCUAUUUUUCUUUCAAAUUUCUGAAAUUGAUGCACAUUUAAAAUUUAAAAAGCAAUCUGCAGUUAAAAACUUGAAAGACAAAUCAUCAAAAAGAUCGAGUCUGAUCUGGCCGAAAAGUUUUGACCCCACGUCAUACGGCCAUUGGGUCAAAGGCGCCAAGGAAAUCUACAGAGUGGCGCCAAAUCUCGCGCGGUGAAAAACAACGGCUCCAAACGUCAUUUUUCCUUUUUUACUUCGUUCUGGACGGUGUGUCGCUGCCGCUCGUUACAUUUUCCUUUUUAAUUUACAUUAUAGACGUUAAAACAUACUUUUCAGCUUAAAUUUAGUAUGAAGUGUUGUAAAUUUGACUUUUUCGACGAAAAUCUCCCAAUAUUCAUCAUAUUUGCCAUAAAUUUUAGUUUUGAUUCACUUUUGCUGUAACAAUUUUGUAAUAUUUGUAGUAUUUUCAUUGAAACACUUUUUGAGGCAAGAGAGAAAAUUUUCAAAGUGGCUAGAAGCCGAAGUUUAAAAUGUUUUUUUCUGGAUGUCUCGAGUUUGUAAGAGCAACCUCCUGUACAGAUUAGUUCAAAGCGGAUAUUAUACUUUUAUUAUUUGAAAGAAUGCCUCAAAAAAAGCUAAUAUUCUCAUAAAAAAAUGUUUUUUUGGUCCUCAAUUUGUUUUCCUGAACCUAUUUUGAUUAAAUUCAAAAAAAGUGUAACGAUGCUGAAUGAUAUUUUUUUACGUGGAAAUUAGAUAGAAAUUUCUAAAAAAAUUUCGAGUCUGAUCUGGCCGAAAUGUUUUGACCCCGAGUCAUACGAUCAUUGGGUCAAACCGGCAGAGAACUCUCCAGAAUGGCGCCAAACCCGCCGCAGGAGGACGCCGCGCGGCGAAUAACCAAACGUCAUUUUUUCCUUUUUACUCCGUUCUGGACGAUGUUUCAUUGCUGCUCGUGUAUUUAAAUUGUUUUUAAAGAUGAAAAUCGUCCGAUAACAUACAGUUAUGUUGUUAUUUUGAAAUUUUUUUGACUCUUCCCGAAUUUUGGUCGAGAAUAAAAAAAUUACUAGUUUAUGCUUUCGUUUUUUUUUUGAUCGAUCUAUGUUGGAUUUUGUAACAUUGUGUCUAUUUAGAGGCCGCUCGAAGGAACGUCAUCUGUUUCGGGAACGUCUAACAACUUUUAUGAUUUCCUCUUUUAAAGAUAUGUUAUUUCUUUGUUUACUCCAAAUUCAUAUGUUUUUUUGAGGAUCGACAUCCGGAUAACGACCGUCCUCAAGGAACGAAAAGCGGCGUUUCUCCGAAGAUGGGCGGGACCGGACGGACAAGCUUGA